AUGACCAGAACCCAUGCUUUGGUUAGAAUGAAGGCGAUCGUGAUCUCAGGAACGUCAGAGGUUCUGCAACUCCGAGAAGUGGAAGACAAGGAAGUGUAUAAAGUGGAACCAUCGUCAUGUUUGUCGCUCGCUGGAAAGUCGGAAACCAGGUAUGUGCUCUUCUUGAUGGAGGAGGAUAUGCAAAGAAAGUUUGCUAUACCCAUUGGACAAAUCCUAAUUCUGCUGGUUUCUUCGUAUAAGAUACAGCUACUACUUUCGCUAAAGUGGAGCUUGGUUUCUCUGAAUACGAACAAGGCUUAUGAAUUGAUGUGCACGCUAAAUACAUUAUUUGAGAGCUGA